AGAUAUCUUCUGCCUCCACAGCAAGAUUUGGCCAACAAGAAGAAAUGUGUUAUAAUUGAUUUAGAUGAAACAUUAGUCCAUAGCUCUUUUAAACCGGUUAAAAAUGCGGACUAUAUCGUACCGGUAGAGAUUGACAAUAUCGUUCACACGGUCUACGUCUUGAAGAGACCACACAUUGACAAGUUUUUAGAGCGGAUGGGUCAGCUGUUUGAAUGUGUUUUAUUUACAGCUAGUGUUUCUAAGUAUGCCGAACCCGUAUCGAAGUUACUCGACAAAUGGAACGUCUUUGAUAACAAGUUAUAUCGAGAAUCUUGCGUUUAUAAUCGUGGAUUUUAUGUUAAGGAUUUAAGUAAACUUGGUCGCGAUUUAAAAUCAACCGUGAUACUCGAUAACUCUCCGACUUCCUACGCUUUUCAUCCCGAGAAUGCGGUUCCUAUACGCUCGUGGUUCGAUGAUCCUGCUGACAAUGAAUUAUUGGAUCUCAUUCCAUUUUUUGAAGGAUUAGCUCAAGCUGAUGACGUU